CGGUGGUACGUGGAAAUUCGACAGCAAGGCACUGUGUGUUACCUGGCAAACAAAGAGUCAGAAUUUUCUUUUGAGGGCGAAAACGGGGAGGAAGUGACCAAACAGAUAAUUUCGCACUUAAACCAAGGCGUGCACGCUUCGUUGAAAGCUUCGUUGAAAGCUUCGAACUUGGCGGGAGUUGAAGUGUUAGAUUUGCAGGACUCUCGCGCUAUCAGCUUAUCCGACAACGACACAACAAAUGGAAGUUUUCAGGCCUGUGGGGAGAGCGUUUCAUGCGAUGAAGAGAGUGUGAUUCAAAAUGUCAUUAAACAUUUGGAUUCAUUAACGCGCCAAUUCGAAAACCACCGAACUGAGACGUCUGUUGUUCUAAACGAACUUGUUAAUAUAUAUGAGAAUCAAAAAAGUCCGACGGCAACUGAAAAUCUUACUAAAGAAAAUAGAUUAUUGAAAGAAGAAAACAAGGCUCUUCAAACAGAGCUAACAAAAUAUAAAGAUACUUUAACCGAACUAAAUACAAAGCUGACGGAUACUGAAAGUGAGAAAUCAAGCCUCUUAACUGUUAUUAGGUUGCUGAAUGAAGAGCAAGCCACUGUAAUGUGUUCAAAUAAGGAUGAAUCUAGUCAAGCGCAACAAACACGGAGCUCAUGGCAAAUAGCUGGCCGCAAAACCAUAAGUCAAAGUGCUGGUCACCAUAUAAAUUUGAGCAAUAAGUACUCUACCUUGCAAAUUGAAGACGACGAUGAGGCAGUAAUGAGCGGUGACGCUGGAAAUAAUCAAACCUUAGUUCCCAAGAAGACUCCAACUAUAGACCACGAAAAGAAAAGACGAUUGAAAAACACCCCAAGAAAUAUCCAAGACACAAAGCAAAAUUCCUUACCAAUCAGCAAUCAACGUGACACUAUCCAACCGAAGAAACAACAAUGUGAUGUAGCUUUGGUGGGUGACUCCAUGAUUAAGCAUGUUGAUGUCCGAAAACUUCGUCAUGGCACAAACAAACAG